AUGGUAAACAACAAUUUCACAAAGAAAUCAAUAACGAAUCGCCCGUACUCCGAAUCAGACAUUGAACGUCCUACGCAGCAACCACAGCAGUGUAGAAGAUCCGCUUCAUCGCCCCCACUCGCACUAACCUUGGAAUCAGACUUGGAAGAUGACGUGUUUGUUAGUCCAAGAACCGACAGCGGCAGCGAUCCGUUCUCAACGACGAAUCUUGAGAUAUUUCGAUACGGCAGCCCUAGGACACCGGCUGGAAUGUUACUGAGUCCCAGAAGGGAGAGGUCCUUCUCGUUUUCCGUUACAAACGAGAAGCAUUGGAGGGACAAGGGCGGGACAGAUGUAGCAGAUGGCAUUACUGGCGCUGACGUGACAGACUCGGCUUCGCCAGAAGAAACCUUCCAACCAGAGAAGCCGUCAUCGGAGACUUCGAUUUUCUCGUCAAUAAUUCCUGACAAGUUGUCAGGCUCCAUAUGUACAGCUGUUCUCUUCGUGCUGGGAUGGAAACUUCUAGCCAACAAGCGGUGA